GGGGGAUAAUUUUGUUUGUUUUUACUGUAAACUGAGUGGAUGUGAUACAAAUAGAUGCUUCCGUUAUGGCUGUAUAGGUCAAAUCCUGUUGGAGUAAAUGUGACUUUUUAAAAGAAAAUUUGAUGAGUGCCAUGUGUGCAUUUUUUCAGCAGCUACAGUGACAAGCAUGGGAAGGGAAUGGUGACUCACUCUGCUGUCUGCCUACUCCUGUCUAUACCCAGGCAGUUCUCCAGGGCUAGAGAAAAAUGCACAAUGAUACUGGCUGCAGAUACUUUGGCUGUGAGACAAAAAAGAAGAAUUUAUGAUAUCACCAAUGUCUUAGAAGGGAUUGAUCUGAUUGAAAAAAAGUCAAAAAAUAGUAUCCAGUGGAAAGGUGUAGGUGCUGGAUGUAAUACUAAAGAAGUCAUAGAUAGAUUAAGAUAUCUUAAAACUGAAAUUGACGAUCUAGAAUUGAAGGAAAGAGAACUUGAUCAGCAGAAGUUGUGGCUACAGCAAAGCAUCAAAAAUGUGAUGGACGACUCAAUUAAUAAUAGAUUUUCCUAUGUAACUCACGAAGACAUCUGUAAUUGCUUUAAUGGUGAUACACUUUUAGCCAUCCAGGCACCUUCUGGUACACAGUUGGAGGUACCUAUUCCAGAAAUGGGUCAGAAUGGACAAAAGAAAUACCAGAUCAAUCUAAAGAGUCAUUCGGGACCUAUCCAUGUGCUACUUAUAAAUAAAGAGUCCAGUUCAUCUAAGCCUGUGGUUUUUCCUGUUCCCCCACCUGAUGACCUCACACAACCUUCCUCCCAGUCCUUGACUCCAAUGACUCCACAGAAAUCUAACACAGCAACUCAGAAUCUGCCUGAGCAACAUGUCUCUGAAAGGAGCCAGAAUCUCCAACAGACGCCAGCUACAGAUAUAUCUUCAGGAUCUAUUAGUGGAGAUAUCAUUGAUGAGUUAAUGUCUUCUGAUGUUUUUCCUCUCUUAAGGCUUUCUCCUACCCCGGCAGAUGACUACAACUUUAAUUUAGAUGAUAAUGAAGGAGUUUGUGAUCUGUUUGAUGUCCAGAUACUAAAUUAUUAGAUUCCAUGGAAACUUGGGACUAUUAUCUACCUCUAACUGUGUAACAAUUUAGACUUCUGAAUAACCUAAGUAUUUAAAAUAAUGAAUGUAACACCUUUUUAGUUCACUGAUUCUGAAGUGUACUUCCCUAAUACUUUCUUUUUUACUUCACAAAACUUCAACCAUAAAAACAAAGGGCUCUGAUUGCUUCAGGAGAAAAGUGAUUUUAUACCCACCAAUCUCCCCACCUCCCAAGUAAUUAUACUCUGGAAUAUAAAUGUUUCUUCCAAUUCUGAAUCCCUUUGUUAUUUCCUCUUUUGAGAGGAAAGUUAAAGUAGACUACAGGACAUCAAAAACAAAGUAAGUUGGCCAAGGGCUCAUCAAUUAUUUGUCUUAUAUUUUUACUGCCAUGAAACUAUUUCUGUAUGUCAUAUCCAAACAUUCACUGCCACUUAUAAAGUGAAGGAUGUAAAUGAGGAUAUAUAUAACUGUUUCAGUGAACAGAUUUUGUGAAGUGCCUUCUGUUUUAGCACUUUAAGUUUAUCACAUUUUGUUGACUUCUGACAUUCCACUUUCCUAGACUAUAGGAAAGAUCUGUUUGUGUAGUUUGUUUUUAAAAUGUGCCAAUGCCUGUACAUUAACAAGAUUUUUAAAAAUAAAAUUGUAUGAAACAUU